CUCUACUACUGUGCUCGCUCACAUGCUCCGACCUUCCAAGCCAAGCAAACCCCACGCCACCCCCACCCCCACCCCCACCCGAGGGCUCGCAACGCGGAACUUCACCCCAGCAGAGGUCCCCGUCGCAAAAACCCUGCCUUUAGCCGCCGCCGUGCUCCCGCGCCGGGUCCCGAGCCUCCCCCACUGUCUCGCUCCAUUGCGACGGCGGCACCCGCCGCCGCCGCGUCCCAUGGCCACCCUCCUCUCCCAAACCCUACCCACGCUGCUACUGCUGCUGCUGCUGCUGCUCGUCACGGCCGUUCGAGCGUCUGGUGCUGGAGGAGGCGGCGAGCGGGGGUCCCUGCUUAGCUUCAAGGCGGCCCUGACCGCCGACCCGGGCGGGCUCCUCCGCGACUGGUCCCCGGCGUCGUCCGACCACUGCCUCUGGCCGGGCGUGUCGUGCGGCGCCUCCGGCGAGGUCGUGGCGCUCAACGUCUCCUCGUCCCCCGGCCGCCGCCUCUCGGGCGCGCUCUCCCCGUCCGUCGCGGCGCUUCGCGGCCUCCGCGUGCUCGCGCUCCCCUCCCACGCGCUCUCGGGCCCGCUCCCCGCCGCGAUCUGGUCGCUGCGCCGCCUCCUCGUGCUCGACCUCUCCGGCAACCGCCUCCAGGGCGAGAUCCCGCCGUCGCUCGCCUGCACCGCGCUGCGGACGCUGGACCUCGCCUACAACCAGCUCAACGGCUCCGUACCCGCCGCGCUCGGCUCGCUCCUGGGGCUGCGGCGCCUCUCGCUUGCCUCCAACCGCCUGGGCGGCGCCAUCCCCGAUGAGCUGGGCGGUGCCGGCUGCCGCAGCCUACAGUUCCUCGAUCUCUCUGGGAACCUCCUCGUCGGCGGCAUCCCCCGGAGUUUGGGGAACUGCAGCAAGCUGGAGGCGCUGUUGCUGUCCUCCAACCUGUUGGAUGACGUCAUCCCGCUGGAGAUGGGACGCCUCAGCAAUUUGCGGGCUUUGGAUGUGUCGAGGAACAGCCUGAGCGGCCCUGUGCCAGCGGAGCUUGGUGGUUGUGUUGAACUUUCAGUUCUAGUGCUGUCCAACCCUUAUGCGCUGGUUGGUGGUUUGAAUGCAUCGGAUAGUGAGGAUGUUGACGACUUCAACUAUUUCGAGGGAGGGAUUCCGGAUGUUGUUGCUGCGUUGCCCAAGCUGAGGGUGUUAUGGGCGCCAAGAGCUACGUUGGAGGGGGAGUUGCCGGGGAACUGGAGUUCUUGCCAGAGCUUGGAGAUGAUAAACUUGGGAGAGAAUCUAAUCUCUGGUGGAAUUCCUAAAGGGCUGUUGGACUGCAAGCAUCUGAAGUUCUUGAAUUUGAGCUCGAACAAGUUAACAGGUUCAGUUGAUCCAUCACUUCCUGUGCCUUGCAUGGAUGUGUUUGAUGUCAGCGGAAACCGGCUGUCUGGCUCGAUCCCAGUAUUUCUUUCAAAGGAUUGUCCUUCAUCUCAGCUCCCAUUUGAUGACCUGGUGUCAGAAUACUCUUCCUUCUUUGCGUAUCAGGCGAUUGCCGGCUUCUUUUCAUCUUCAGCAGUCGUAGCUACUGAUUUGACGAGUUACCAUAGUUUUGCCCAGAACAAUUUUACUGGAACAGUGACGUCCUUGCCGAUUGCUGCCCAGAAGCUGGGAAUGCAGGGUUCCUAUGCUUUCCUUGCUGAUGGGAAUAAUCUUGUCGGUGAGUUGCAACCUGGCCUAUUCAAUAAGUGCAACAGUUCAAGGGGUUUCAUUGUGGAUGUUACCAACAACCGAAUAACAGGAGGUAUUCCCGUAGAGAUUGGAUCAUUGUGCAGUUCUCUUGUUGUUCUUGGUGUUGCUGGUAAUCACCUUUCUGGUUUGAUACCGUCAAGUAUUGGGCAAUUGAAUUAUCUUAUCAGCUUGGAUUUGAGUAGGAACCAGCUUGGUGGUGAAAUUCCGGCUUCUGUCAAGAACUUACCACAUUUGCAGUUUCUCUCUUUGGGUCAUAACCUUCUAAAUGGAACUAUUCCAAAUGAUAUUAAUCAGCUGCAGUCUCUGAAGGUUUUGGACCUAUCCUCAAACCUCCUCUCAGGGGACAUCCCUCAUGCACUUGCUGAAUUGACAAAUUUGAGUGCCCUCCUCCUUGAUAAUAAUAAACUUACUGGGAAGAUACCAGCUGAGUUUGCCAAUGCGGCAUCGCUUACCGAGUUUAACGUGUCAUUCAACAAUUUGUCUGGUCCAGUACCAUCAAACAGCAGUGCAGUUGGAUGUGACAGCAUUAUUGGAAAUCCUUUGCUACAAUCUUGUCACACGUAUACCCUGGCUGUUCCCUCCGCUGCUCAGCAGGGUCGUGAUUUGAAUUCAAAUGACAACGAUACAGCGCCUGUGGAUCCACCAAACCAAGGAGGAAACAGUUCAUUCAAUGCGAUCGAAAUAGCUUCGAUAACAUCUGCAACAGCUAUUGUUUCAGUCCUUCUUGCUCUGAUUGUACUAUUUAUUUACACAAGAAAGUGCGCACCCUUUAUGUCAGCUCGAUCAUCUGGAAGAAGGGAAGUUAUAAUCUUCCAAGAAAUCGGAGUGCCGAUCACUUAUGAGACUGUUGUUCGAGCUACUGGAACUUUCAAUGCAAGCAAUUGCAUUGGAAGUGGGGGUUUCGGAGCCACUUACAAAGCUGAAAUUUCACCUGGAGUCUUGGUAGCUAUAAAGAGACUUUCUGUUGGGAGAUUCCAAGGAUUGGAACAGUUCCAUGCUGAGAUCAAAACUCUUGGGAGAUUAAGACAUCCCAAUCUUGUUACCUUGGUAGGCUACCAUCUUGGUGAAUCUGAAAUGUUUCUCAUAUAUAACUACUUGCCUGGAGGAAAUCUUGAGAGAUUCAUACAAGAGAGAUCAAAGCGACCAGUAGAAUGGAAGAGGCUGCAUAAGAUUGCUUUGGACAUUGCAAAAGCACUUGCUUAUCUGCAUGACACUUGUGUUCCUAGGAUCCUUCAUCGUGACGUGAAACCAAACAAUAUUUUGUUGGACACUAACCAUAAUGCUUACCUCUCAGACUUUGGGCUGGCAAGGCUCUUGGGAAAUUCGGAAACCCAUGCAACGACUGGUGUGGCUGGAACUUUUGGAUAUGUUGCUCCAGAAUAUGCUAUGACUUGCCGUGUUUCAGAUAAAGCUGACGUGUAUAGCUAUGGUGUUGUACUGAUGGAGUUGAUAUCAGACAAGAAGGCCUUGGAUCCAUCAUUUUCUCCUUAUGGUAAUGGGUUUAACAUAGUUGCUUGGGCGUGCAUGCUGCUUCGUCAAGGCCGUGCUCGUGAUUUCUUCGUCGAUGGUUUGUGGGAUGUGGGCCCGCAUGAUGACUUGAUAGAGGUGUUGCAUUUAUCAGUGAUGUGUACUGUUGAAUCGCUCUCUAUACGGCCAACUAUGAAGCAAGUUGUUCAACGACUAAAGCAACUCCAGCCCCCAAUACUUGAACGCCGAUGAGGGCGCAUGAUUCACUUACCGAACAUGUAGAAGGUACAGAUAACUGUAACUUGGGGCCCUUGAUGUUUUUUUCUUCUUCUAAUCAAUUGUUUAACUAGAUCUUAUCUUGUAGAUGCCAGCUUUGUAUAAUAGAGUUCCCCACUUAAUUGCCCACUAAUGUAUCUGCAGAUAAGAGAAGCAGAUGUAAAUUAACAAUCUUAGUUCUAAAGAUUUGAUUCACGAUUGGCUGACUC